AGCACAACUGUUCACUCAGAGACACCUUUGUGUCUACAAGGUAUAAGAGAUAAGAGUGCCCUGGACAUACCAGUUCUUGGGUUGCACUAGCUGCAAAAAUGAGCGCAAUCCUGAUCAUCUCUCUCUUCAGCUGCUUCUUUGCGGCUUACAAUGCCAAAGGCUUCUCCAAAUGUCAGAUGGCCCACCAGCUGAAGGCUCAUGGAAUGAAUGGCUACUAUGGCUAUAGCUUAGCAGACUGGGUCUGCAUGGCCGAGUAUGCGAGUAACCUCAACACCCUGGCUUUUUAUGGAACAAACUCCAAUGGCAGUCGUGACUAUGGGAUCUUCCAGCUGAACAACCAGAGGUGGUGCCAAGACAAGAACUAUCCCUCAAAAAACGGCUGCAACAUAAAGUGCAGCGAACUUGUGGAUGAUGACAUCAGUGAUGACAUCAACUGUGUCAAGAGGAUUGUGAGCGAAUCCAAGGGGAUGCCUGCUUGGAUGCCCUGGGAAAAGAACUGCAAAAAUAAGGAUUUAUCCAAAUACCUGGCCAAAUGUGCGCUGUGA